GGCUGGGUGAUUUUUCCAUCUUCCUUGGGUUUCCUGUGUUCAAGCAGAUCAUUUUUGAGGCCUGGUAGCUAAUUUGUCUUGAGUGUGAAUGGCGGCGGUGAAAUGCGAAGUGGAUCGUGGGUGCUGAACAAUAGAAAAUACUGCUGUUUCGUCGCUAUAAUCUCUCUUCUCUACAAUUGGAAUCGUAGAUUAUAAGAUCUACAGUUUGWCAAACCUUUUUCAAGAUUACUGCAUCUCAAUGGAAGAAGCAGAUACAAAGUGGUUUACUGUCCUGUCAAAGAAAAAUGAAGUGUUGUAUUAUUGCAAUAAGAUCACAAAGCAGCAAAAAUGGACAACYAAGAACUGCUUUUGUCCAAAGUCUAAGAUCACCAGUCUACCAGUAUUACCAUGCUGUAUCAAAGAGCCUUCAACAAAACAACAAGAAACCAUUAGAAAAAAAGACUACUUCAACUCUAAUAUGACUGCAUCUUAUUCACUGGAAAUGUUGUCAGAGAAAGAAUAUUGCCUCAGUGAUAUCAUUCAAGAACUUGAAAUGCACAAGAAAAGAAAGAACUAUGAAAAUGACAUAUUUUCAACAAAGAAGAAAAGAUCAAACACAACCAUUACCAACCUUCCAGUUAUUGGUUCUGAUGUUUCCUUGACAACACAAAACAUUUCUAUGGCAACCAAUACUGUUUCUAUGAUAACGAACGAUAUCCCAGUGUCAAACAAUACUGUCCCUUUGUCAACGCGAUAUGUCUCUGUAGGAACAAAUACUGAUACUGUGGCACAAGAAGACGAUUCUGUGGAGCAAGAAGACGAUUCUGUGGAGCAAGAAGACGAUUCAGAGGAGUUUGACGAUGAUUCUUCUAAUUCAAUCAGUCCUGUUUCUAUGUCGACACAAGAUGUUCCAGCUGUUGUUAUGUUAGGUGCUGAGACACAAUGUGUUUCAAUAUCAACUGACGGAGAUGGUCUUGAAAUAGUAGAUCAAAUCACAAGUCCCACAGCCAAAAUAAAUGAAUUAAAUACUAAAAAUAAUAACUCUUUUGUAACUGAUAAAGUYGUAUCCGAUGAUUCCCACGAUGACUCUGUAAAUCUAUUAAACAAUGAUCAACAGAAAUCAACAGAAGAAGCACGUGAUUCUGCUCACUAUUAUCGAGAAACAAACAUUGCUGAAGGAUUGAWCGAGGAGACAAAUAAUUCCAACAAUGAAGGRAACUCCGAGAAUCACUCUGAAACAGAAAAAMCACGGAGUAAGUCUUCUAAAAAGAAGAAGAAAAUUAAAGAUAAACCUAAACGAGGGCGCGGAAGGCCAAGAAAGGAAAUACCGCCUCAGUUUCGUAAAUAUACAUCGCAACCAGUAAGUCUUUCGACAACUGAAGACCUUGCUGUWACAGCUGAUGAKGAUUCUGCGAAAGGAGAAGCUCAGGCCGAACAUUCAAUUUCUGCAUCCGAAGAUSUUCCUAUGUUUACAGAAGUUCAAGCAGAAAGUGCUAAUUCUCUUGGACAAGACAUUGAUGUCGCAAGUUCUUCUCAUGAAGUUCAUGCUCCUUCUGGAAAUCUGGCCGAGUCAGAAAACAUUGAUGCCGUAUGUAACACUAGACCAUCGCCCCCAUUACUUCUUACUGCAACUAAAGACCUUCAUGAAACUACUAGUGAUUCUUUGGAUGGAGGAGUUGAAGUCGAAACKUCAAYGCAUUCUGGAUCUGAACAUAUUWCAAUGUCUACACGAGCUGAAGAAGGGCAAGAUAUUCCUACUUUUACUCAUAAAGUUCCAGUUGAUGAAGAAGAAGUUCCAGUCAAAUGUUUUACUGCUAACAYACCAAGUCCACCAGAAUCAGAAGUCGCUGGUGAUACAGGAGUAGCGAAUUAUUUUCUUUACUGUGAAGACGUGAAUACUGCUAAAUUACCUUCAGGAAGCACAGACAUUAACACUACAUCGGGCAAAUCCGUGUUGAAUAUUGAAAUGUCUGGARAAUCAUCAGAGAAAUCUAUUGAUGCGAAACAGCAUAAUUGCCCUUCUUCUGGUAGCGUGUCAACUAAUYACUCUGCAGCAUCGCCGAAUGUACUUAGUAACAGCUCCUUAUCUUUAUUGACUCCUAGUGAYUGUAGYGUACAGCCAGAAUCCACGGUGAAAAGACCACGUGGAAGGCCCAGRAAGGUUCUCUUGCCGGAUGAUUUGCCAACCAUGGUAAAUCUCCCUACUUUCACUCCUCAACCGGCAACUCCAUUGUCGUCCGUUAAUCAACCUUCAAAGACUGUCGAAAAUACUGUUACACCCGAUAAUGCUUCGACUAUUAAGUUUGUUUCCGAUACAAGUCUACAUGUUAGAAGUGGUUCCAUGUUUUUUUACCCUCAGAAUGUAAAACAAACAACGCCUGCACGACAAACGAACAUGAAAAACCUUGAAUCGAUAGCUGAUUCUUUGAAAGACAUUAGUGGGAAGACAGUAAGAGGRGAYUCGUCUGUACAGGCUGUAGCAUGGCUUAUCAACGUAUUGUCUGAAUUAGACGUUAAGAARGACACUUCCAARCUAGUGAAUAAAGCAAAUGUUCAAGUAAAUGGCGGUARYAAGGWCGCUUGUAAUUUAAAKCCCAGUUCGAAUCAUGCCCCUCCACCCGUUCCCAAGCCUAAUCUUUGUAGCUCUUCAGCAGCCAGAUCUAUGAURUKUAGUGACAACGAAAGAAUACACCAAUUGGCUGAUARCRGCGUCCAGCCGACCCGACCUGUCAAUCAUAUUCAACCAGCAGUUAAAACAGUUUUUCAACCUCACCAYCACCAGCCUGUCAAAGUCUCGGAGGUCCACGCUAGCUAUGUGGACGUAUCAUGGCGAAUUGUAACUUCCACUAACGGAAGAAACUCAUCGUCUUUAAAGAGCUUCUACAARCUGGUUCCCGUUCGCGUGGACGAUGAUACUCAAGURGAGAAUGGUGCAUGUUCCUUUCUUGGGGUCCCUGUGUAUAGCAACACUCAAGUAAUCGCGAAGCUCUUGAACACRAGUGUCCCUGAAGWGGACAAUGAGGUGUUUGCUUUUGAACAUAGUCCAAAYGUUWCUAGAAGAGUUGUUUCCAAGAUGAGACAACCUGCUGUAACAUUAUCGUUUGAAUGGGUUGAAGAUACCGUGAACAUCAUGUCUAAACGUUAUAAGACCAAAAAUCGUUCWAACGCUGACAAUCCGUUAAGAGAAGAUUCUGUGGGACUGGCGUUACCUAAGCCUCUUAAACUACCAAAAGAAGGCUGCAAAGUGUAUCUGGGUGAUUUCCAAGUUAUCUGUAAUGAUGUUGAAUUUGUUGUSAAUCAUACGGUAACCGUAUCAGAAACACCUCGUCCUUAUUUAUCGAUUCCCGCAGAUGCUCUUGCUAAGUCGUCCUCAGGAACACAGACGACACGAUGUAAAGUUGUCGGAAUAGCAAGAAAUGAUGUCCAAACAUCAAAAGGUACUCCCGUAGAAAAGCCUACAAAAACUGACAAACGUUUGUCUAGACGAUGCCACUUUUGUGGAGCUUAUUUGGGUACUCUAAGAGACAUCAGGUAUCAUAGAAAAAUACAUCCAGCACCAUUGGGAGUCAAGUGCAGCGAGUGUCCUAGACGAUUCCUAACAGCUAGUCGUCUGUCCGUACACAUUGUCAAGCACAGUGGCCAGGUUACGCGCAUAUGUGAGAUGUGCAGUAAAAACUUCAGCUCAACAAAGAUGCUAUACAGAAAAGACUGUACCAAGCACCAUCAUAAAAUUUGCACGAGUUGUAGAGUAAAAACAAAGUGCAAGAAGUGUGGUGGUAAACGACGCAAAAAGAACGCUUCUCAACAAACAAGAUCCCAUAUUAAAUCACACUAGCCCGACAUCCACGAACUCAUGAAAUACCUAACAAAAGCUUUUAACAAGUUAUCCUAUCAUAUUAUAUUCAUAAGAUUUUACAUUAAGAACUCGAGUUUAUGGUUUCUAAAGUAAUUUUCCAAGAUGGCCGAAGGGAAGACAUCUGAUGUUUGAUGAUUGAUGAAUACUAUAGCAUCGUUUUAUGAAUUUUAUGACGUCAAUCAGUAAGCCCUAAAGUCUGACACUCUUAUCGUAGUUAAAGAUUUUUCGCUCUGAUUGUAAUUGAAAGCGGGUACACUGUAAUCAUAGAGGUCUGUUCCUGGCAAUGCACUGGAUAAAAAACGUUAAUUUUUUUUAAGUAAAAAAUAUAUACUGUAUUUACACUUUAAGAAAUAAACAAUUUUUCAAAAAUA